UAAUUGACUAGGCUAGCUGGUAGAUUUUUAACCGAGCACAACCAUGUCGUUCCAAGUCGUCCUAGCGGCGGUCCUCGCCGCGUUCGCCGUCACCCUCGUCUCCGGGGAUAAUCAGCUCCCGGCGACUGUGAAAACCUGCAAGAAGGACUCUGAAGAUUUCUCGUCGUGUCUGAGACUGGCCAUUCAAGAAGCGUGGCCCACAUUCAUUCAAGGACUGCCCGAUUUCAACAUUCCACCCCUGGACCCUUAUUAUGUGGAGAGCCAUGUCAUGGAUUACAAGAAUGGGCAGCUUCGUUCGCACGUGACGGCCACGGACGUCCGGGCGUACGGCCUAGCCAAAAUUCGUUUCCUGUCUGUGAAACCGGAAAUCAACGGCGAUUUCUUCCGAUUAGAAAUCGACAUGGAGUUACCGAAGAUCCUGGUCGAGGGCAACUACAAGGCCGAGGGAUCUCUUAGCAAAACUUUCAAAGUUGGUGGGAAAGGAUUUUUCAACGCCAGUAUGGAAGACAUCAGAGGUACCUGGGAUAUCUCCGGUCACAUAGUAAACGACAAAUGGAACGUGGAACACUUUAGAGUAGCGCCUACGAUCGGCGACAUGAAAAUCUGGUUCAGCGAUCUUUUCCACGGAAACGAAGAUCUAAACCGAGCUGCUCUGACCCUGGCCAACGAAUACUGGCCCGUGGUGUACCGCACAAUGUUACCGACACUGAUGGACGAAUGGGACACUUAUUUCACGGAGUUCAUCAAUCGCUUCUUCUCGAAGAUACCUUUUUCGACGGUGUUCCCUUGAGAAGGUUUAGCGAUAAAUUCUGAGAGAGUUUCAAUUGAAGAGAAGGAGAAACGAAAGGGAAGUAAAGAAUAAGAGAAGAGAGAAGGGGGAAUGGAGGAUACAAGAAAGUAGUGAAGAAUUUUCUAAAGUUUAUUUCAAACUCAAACCGUAUUCCCUCGAUAUCAACGAAAUCUGCUGACUAUGCAGAGUUUAUAGAAAUUGUUAAUCGUUCCUGUUAUUCGACGAAGCUUCAACGAUGUUAAAUUUUGUUUUAUUAUAUUUCGAUUAAGUAAAGUGAUCUCGAUGUAUCGUAUUAAAAUAAAUAAAAUAUAAAACACACUCGUUGGACACGAA